AACUUCAAUAAUUUUACUUUCUUACUGUUAGGAUGCAUGACCACAAUUCGUGAAGCUGAAAAGGACCUCUGCGUAUUUCUAUACUCGUUGUUCGCGGACGCCAUUUCCCGAGAAGCUUUUAGUGUUAGCAUCGGAUUAAAACCGCAGCAAUGUCGAACAAAGUUGUCAAAAAGCUCAUGCGCGAAAUCGGUGGUGGCGAUUGUCAGGGUACUACGACAUCGAUGCCAAUUUCAGACUGCGACAUCUUGGAGCGCGAGACUGAUAAGAAGAAUGAAGAACCCCAUCCGCCGGCAGAGACCGAGGAUGAUAUGAGCUAUCCACCAUCAGAUUUUCAGCCUUGCUCCUACGCCUGCGAAAAACUUUUACGGGUCAGAAGGACGGUCUCCCUGGCCGAUAUUCCAACCAUGUCAAACCACUGGGAUGCCGCUAACAAACGUCGCAGACUUGACGCCGUCACACCAUCUGAGGUCAUCGCAAAUUUGCGAAGAAAUUUGGGUACACCUGAAGCGGUAGUUCAUCACAGCUUCCUAGCAUUCAUCCUGAACGCAUGGCGAAGUGACCGAGUGCGCUCUCAGAAAGUUAACAAACUGAGUGAAGAACGAUUUGCUCAGAUUACGCAGCUUAACUUGAGUUCGGCCGUGCUGAAGAAACUCCUGGAAUCGGAGAGAACGAGGGUUGCUGAGGCGGCGCGUAAACUUCAGCAAAUUAGCCAGAAUCUGGAACGGGCGAUGAGCGCAAAAGAUGCACUCCAGAGGGAGCUGGAUUUGAAAAGGGAAUGCCUGGAGCGGGCGGACAAUCGGACUGCUAUCAUGAAAAAGGAAAGUAUGAAUCUGAAAAACAAGAUGGAUGCUGCCAACCUCUUCAUUUUGGCUUUGAAGAAACAGCUGCAGGAUGCCCAGCACGAAAAGGAUGGUCUAAUUAAAGAGAUAGCGGAUUUGAGAAAAACGAUCGAGAACAAGGAUAAGUGUGUUGAGCAGCUGGUAGCUGAGUCGCAUGAAUUUAACUUUCGAAUCGUGGAGAGUGAAAAAAUAGCCGGUGGUUUGUCCGCGGAGCUUCAAGUCUACAAACGGAAGCAUGAAGAGUUGAAUAGGGACAAUCGUGCAUUACGCGGAAAAAUUUCGAGGCUGGAAAGUUUCAACGCAGAUUUGGAAACAAAGCUUGAGAAAGAAGACGAAGAACGAAAAAAAUGCCAGGAGCAGUGUCUCCGACAUGCGCUCGAGGUGGCAGAGCUACGAAUGACUUUGGAAACUCUUCGACACACCGACAAACUUUGGCUAGCAAGAGUUUUGCAAACUUUAAAUUCAAUUUUGAAAGUUCCCGUGAAGCUGAUUCUUUACACAUCCUUCCCGUUCCCGCUGUCGAGAAGCCAGUAAAGCAAGGAAUGCCGUUCAUAACACGGCCUCAAGGCCCUUGCACGCGCUUCAUUCAUGAAGUCACCACGUGCAACGGCAUCUGUAUACCGCAACCUAGUUUUGUAAAGCAAAAUGCGUUUAUUUGUAAGCUUUUCAUAAUUACUUAUGCAACUGGUUAGCAAUGGGCCAGUUACACUGGUCACACACGGAAAAAACUAAAUUGCUGAUUUAGCAAUUCAAUUACUAAAAAAAAGUGACUGCAAUGUUUCAAUGUGAAUUGUACAACCAAAAAAUGCUA